UGAAGAUACGACGUUGGCCACGGUUCAAGUUUGGUGCCAGUGCUAAGAAGACACUCACGUCGAGCGCACUUGCAAACGUGUUAGUACUAGUGAGAGUACUCUGAGAAGUCUGAUUGUUACUGCUACGAGAAGACAAAUCGAUUCUCACAUUGGGUGUUAAUAGUGCAAAUGUACCUGCAGAUGUGGAUGCUCUUCCUGUGGGCUCUUAGUUUUACUGACCUCGUGGUGUCUAUUGUGGCUGAAGACACGGCAUCCCUUGUAGAUGCGCCCGAUCUUCCCGGCAGACAGAACGACAAAUUUUCAACAGCCGAAUACCCAUACGUUCGCGGAAAUGGAAACAAUCUCAGUUACGACGACGACGACCGUCUGCCAUAUUCUCGGCGCUGUUCAGAGCGCCUCGAAAACGCGUUGGAUCAAAUUCGUCGACGGCAGAUCGCGAAGCAGAAGACCCUCCAUCUUAAUGGGUAUUCCUUGCAUCAGCAGCUCCGAUCUGCGCCCUACGACAUGUACGUAACCGACAUGCGGGUUCGACUGCCCACAUCCAACAGCUGGGUUAGAGUGGAUCGGUGCAGGUUCAAUCCUCGCAAUUCCACUCUGGAGACCCGCUUACUGUUCAAUGAUCUCACAAUCAGCGGCAAAGUGAAUUUGUUCAACGGCGACAUGCUACAGAGAGCGCCCAUUGAUCCUAAUCCGGAGGAUUCUUGCAGCAUGAUUCUGAGGCUGAGGAGGGCGGGCAUUGGAUUUCACACCGAGCCUAUUCGAAGAGAAAGGGGCCAAUUUAACGUGAAAACAGAUUCACAUUUCCUUGAACCUGGAUUUAUAAGUGUGUACGCGUAUGGGUGUGAACCGAGACUUCGAGAACAUCGUCGUGGAUUCAGGGAUGAGGAAGAAAAUGAGGAAAUGUCAAGAGAGAUGGAAGACAUUUUUCUUAAAGGAAUAAGAUCUUUACUCACUUCAUACAUGCAGAAAGAACUACAACCAGCCAUCAAAGAAACACUGAUGAGAAACAUGGGCUACACUAUAUCAUAUGGUUAAAUAUUUGUCAGUUAAUAUUUAUUGUAUAAAUUUGUAUAGUUUAAACCUUUAAGUUACUGUAUGUCUUGUUGUUUUUCUUCAUUGAUAAAUUAAAGUUUCUUUUAAAACUUUA